UAAGUUUAGUACGCGCCAAACGAGCGAGAGAAUCUUUUCCUUCUCGCUGUUCUGGAACCAUCUCAACGUGACCGAGCGAGAAGAGAGGAUUCUCUUGCUCGCUCGGCGCGCGCAGAAGUCGAGCGCAUCUAUGCAUCGUCACAUAGAGUGAUAGAGUACUUUCGUAGUUUCGUUAUGGUGAGGCGCUUACAGAUUCGAAAUUUCAUCACCGCUGCGACCAGCAUAAGACACACAGGUUAACAAAAUAACAAAUGUUAGUUUUCAUCUCCUAAAUAUCCAAUUCGAGCAACAAGCCUAUCGAAAAAUAGAUGAUUUACUAAAGAGAAGCUACAUCUAUACGUUUAGCGCCACGAGGGUGAUUAAAAGUUUAUUUUUAUCAUAUAAAAAGAAUGGCAACAUCUAAUGCAGAUAAUAAUGAUGCAGGACCUUCAACAUCUAAUAUUUCUAUUCAAAAUAUGUCUAUCGACAAAAAUAAUGAAGAUAAUUUUGUUCGUGAUAAAUUGAAAGAAUGGAAUCUUGAAAAUUAUACUGAAAUAUUUAUUAAUAAUAAAAUUAAUAAGUCUAACUUUAUGCUUAUUCCUGACGAAACAAUAAAUGAAAAAUUAAUUCAGCCACUAGGAGAUUAUUAUACGUUUAUCACGCAAAGAAACAAAUUAAAACAAUCAGUGCAAGAAGGUAUUAAUUUAGAAAUCGAAUCUCGCAACACUACAGCGUUAUUUAACGAUGGAACGAAAUUACGAACAUUAUUAAAAAAGUCAAAUUUUGGCAAAUAUUUCUUGUCAAAAACGCUUCUUUCCCAUACAGAUUCAAAUGAUUUGGCAAAAUUUAUUAUCGAGCAUCUCCUACAAAAUUGUUGCAAGAUCUCUAAAAAGACAUUUUUAUUUUGGGCUAAUGAGAUUGUUCAUGUUUGGCGUAACGAAUCCGUAGAAAAGUGGUAUAAACCUUAUAAAAAUGGUAAAUUAGCAUCGGGAAAAUUAUAUCACAAAUAUAUAAACACUUCCAAAAAAAUUAAAAAAGCAGUAUCUACAUUUGACAAAAAAGUGGCAGAAAAUGAGAGAGUUAAAAUAAAUGAGGAAGAAGAGCAUUAUCUCAACGAAUUGACUUGUGAACCAUUAGAUGACUUUGAUAGAAUUAAAUUUUUAUGGGAAAAGACGUUCAACUCUCGUCAAAUUACUUGCACUAUUGCUCAAUAUUUUGAAAAAUACCCACAGUUACGCCCACCACUUGGAAUACAAUUAAUCGAAUUGGAUUAUAAAUUAUUAAAUUUAUCUGAAAUAAAUAUUUUACAUAACAAAUGGCCCACACUACACCCAAAAAUACUCAAAUUGGCUAACCAACGGAAACAUGCUGUUAACUUACUCGGAUACAAUGAAAAUGUACCACCGGAAAUAUUAGCUUGGCGAGUUCUGCCAUACUUAUUUAAACCUACAUUUAUGAAAACGGGUCAAAAAAAAAAUAAUUGGAAACCAUCAUAUCACGAACAAUCUAACGGUUUUAUUACUUGGAUAAAUGUUAUCACUAAUUUAGAGAUGACAAUUAAGAAACAUCGAGAAUUGAUGGAGAAAUACAAUUUGACUCUUCAACCUUUUAUUAUUGCCGUGGGACCUUUGGAGCAAUUAGAAGUUGUCUAUGUUAUUAUCAAUGAGGAAAAAUAUGUAUUUCAACAUAUUAUAGAUGGUGUAGAUUUUUGUUUUAAAUCGUUUUAUGCUCUAAGAGCAGAAUAUCCUACAUCGUGCAAACAAGUCUGGACAUACAUUCAAAAAGAAAUCUAUGGCUUAAAAGAUACGCAGACAAAUUAUCAAAGCGUUCAAAGAGUGAGUGAUGAAUUAGCGAAUUUAUCAGAAAAUACAAGCGAAACUGAAGAUUGAGUUAAUUUAUUGCACAAGAGAUUAAUAAAUAAUUUUCUUGAAAUAAUUUAAGAUAAUUAUUUAUUAUUUUUUAAAACAAGAAUUUCUAAACU